AAACUGGUUUGCAGUUUUUUUUAUAUGCAUUGAUGCACUUGAUAUAGGCUUUUUUUUAUAUACUACAAUACGUGCGACGUUUUUAAAUUCUAAUUCGUCAUCGCUUGGCUGAAUUUAUCCAAUUGGUUGUGCCUGAAGGUAGCCUCAAUUAGAGUCAGCAAAAAUUGAUUGUCCCUUUUAGGCAGAUUGAAAUGAUUCAAGCAUUAAACCCUACUUUGGCAAGCAAUUUAUGUGCAGGCCAAGUUAUCGUCAGCGUGUGUUCAGCUACUAAGGAAUUGAUUGAAAAUGCAUUAGAUGCAGAAUCAACUGUUAUUGAUAUUCGAAUUAAAAAUCAUGGGUUGGAAUCCGUGCAAGUGAAGGACAAUGGGCACGGCAUUUCGAUUGAAGAUGCAUCAGUUAUGGCCAUCCGCAAUAUGACGUCCAAAUUGAAAAAAUUUGAAGAUUUGUCCAAUAUGACAAGUUUUGGAUUUCGCGGAGAAGCGUUGAAUUCUUUGUGCGCUUUGUCCAAUGUAUAUGUAAUCACCAGAAGACACGAGGCUCCAACGUCCAGCAGAAUUGAAUUUGAUCAUCAUGGAAAUGUUAAGCAUAUAAAGACUGUCAGUGAGCCACCAGGAACAUCGGUAACAUUUACAGAUUUAUUUUGCACACUUCCAGUCAGACGUAAUGAAUUUGAGAAGAAUGCGAAAAAAGAAUUCGCACAGUUAAUUUCCAUGAUCCAUGCCUAUGCAUUGAUAUGUUCAGAUGUGAUAUUUCGCGUAUCACACCAGGAUAAAAACGGAGCUAAAACAAAAAUUUUAUCUACAACUGGAAAAAAUGGCUUGUCAGGUUCUAUUUGUUCUAUCUAUGGAGCACGCACUCUAUCAACUUUGUGCAAAGUAGAUUCGUUGUUGGGCGAAUGGGCCUAUGUAGUAGGCUAUGUGUCUCAGAACGACUUGAAGACUUUAAAAAAGACUAACUCUUAUCAGCAUCUUUUUCUCAACAGGCGCCCAGUCGACCUUGUUAGGGUAACCAAGGCCAUUCAAGAGGUCUACAAAAAUUUGAAUGGGACGAUCCAACGUUCUUGCAAGUAUUAUCCUGUGAUUAUUCUCAAUUUUUCGAUUUCUCCAUCGAAGUUAGACGUAAAUGUGACUCCAGACAAGCGACAGGUUGUGAUUGAGAAUGAGCCAGAACUGAUUAAUUAUUUAGUGGAUUUAUUAACUCGAUUGCUCGGGUCACAGUUGAAAAAUUUUAAUGUACAAAAUCAGAUUCACUCACAAGAGAAAGAUCAAGGAAUCCAGAAUUUGAGCUUAGAAUGGCUGCGUCAAGGGACUGAAAGUGAGACGCAUAUAAAAGAAUCGGAAGACCAGGACAAGGAAACAGUGAAGGUUUCAGCAGCCCUGGAAGGCUUGAAAAGGUUAAAAACUUGUGGAGUAGUGACGAGAGAAGCUGAUAGGAGAAAAGUUACGAACUCGAAUGAACAAGAGAUAGAAGCUGAAGAAAAUGGGGUGCAUUUGCAAGACUAUAGUACUGUAAAAAGGAGGGAUUUGCAAACUAUGGAAAAGGGGCCUGAAUGCUGGAUAUAUGAAGAAGUCAAUAAAAAUGAUGGGAAAGAAGGAAAAAAACACAAGCCAGAUCAUAUAGAACAUGGAGAAGACAUAAGCGUGCAUGAGAACGUUCUUUUUGAACCACCCACAUCGAGUAGAUCAGCAGAUUCAAAGUUUUCUUCUCUUGAAUCAAAACUUUCAAAGUUUAUUUGUGGUAAUGGUAGCAUUAAUUUGGACAGCGAUGCAAGUGAAAACUCUGGUAGCAAAGAUAUUUCACUUCGACUUUCUGUAAAUUCUUCAGACAUAGAGCGAUACAAUAUAGCACAUUCUUCAUCAUGCAAUUAUCCUAAAAUUUUAAAAACAGACCCCGAUGGUUUAUAUGAAGAAGUUGGCAGUCUAUCUAAACCCCCUUCUGCAACACUGAAAAUUCCGUUUAAUUUUAAAUUAUACGUUUUGCGGAUUAAGUCCAAGAUACAAGCACUCGAGCGUUUACAGAAACCUGAGGUAUCAUCCAUUCAUUUUAGAGGUAAGAUAGGAGAGACCGACAUUGAGGAGAUGCAAGCCGAGCUUUAUCAAAAAAUAUCCAAAUCCGAUUUUUUGAAUAUGCAAGUUAUAGGGCAGUUUAAUAAGGGGUUUAUUGUAGUGCAGUUAAAAGAUAACCUGUUUAUAUUGGAUCAGCAUGCAUCACAUGAAAAGUAUUUGUAUGAGUGCUUACAAAAUACAAAAUUAAACACUCAAAAACUUUUGUCGCCGAUCCAAUUGGAGCUCACAGUGGCGGACCAAUCGAUCGUUUUAGAAAACUUGGACUUGUUUCAGAUGAACGGAUUUCAAUUUGAGUUUAUUGAAGAUGCGCCAUUGUUGCACCGUCUUCGAAUGGUGUCUUAUCCAUUCACAAAGAGUUUGCACCUUGGGGCGGCAGGUAUGAAAAUUGAAUAUAAAAAAUCUAUUAUUUUCUCCUAGAAGAGACCUUACUUACGAGAGUGAUUUCAGAUGUACAGGAGUUAAUUCAGAUGAUCAAAAGCCGUCCUGGACAACUAGUA